UAGUCACAGCUGAACAGAACAGCUGUCAGAGUUUAUCUCUCGCAACCUGGUUUCAGACAUUCACUCAGAAAGGUUAUUUGUGCUUCAUGGGUUUAUGAUGUGUGGCACUGCAAAUAAGAUGGAUCUUUGCUGUAGUAUCCAGGUAAUGAACUUCUCUGAAGUUGAUCCUGAAAUAAGACUAGGCCCAUAUGUUAAGAUAACUGAACAGCCCAGACAGAGAGGAUUCCGCUUUCGCUAUGGAUGUGAAGGACCAACGCAUGGAGUUUUACAGGGAGUCUCCAGUGAGAAAAAUAGAAAGACAUAUCCAACUAUUAAGAUAUUCAACUAUGAGGGACCUGCUAAAAUCAUAGUCCAAUGUGUCACUACAGAUGAGCCACCACUGCUACAUGCUGACAGCGUAGUAGGCAAGCAAUGUGAAAAUGGAGUCUGUGUGGGCUAUGUAAAUCCAGACAAUAUGACCGCAAGCUUCCCUAAUUUAGGAAUCCUACAUGUUCCAAGGAGAAUUGCCAUGGAUGUGUUAGAAGAACAGCUCAUCCAAGGAUGGAUGAAGGAAAACUGUGGGUUACUUGAAAGUAAAGAACUUACUAGAGAAGAUCGACAAAGCAUCCGCAAAGCAGCAGAGCAGAGGGCUAAGAAAAUGGAUCUUUCAGUUGUACGUCUUAUGUUUACUGCCUAUUUGCCAGAUGAGAAUGGACACUUCACUCGCAUGCUGGAGCCAGUUGUCUCUGGACCAAUCUAUGACAGCAAGGCUCCUAAUGCAUCAAAUUUGAAUAUAUUAAGAAUGGACAAGACUUCAGGCUCAGUGGCUGGAGGAGAAGAAGUGUUCCUCCUGUGUGACAAAGUCCAAAAAGAUGACAUACAGGUGAGAUUCUAUCAAGAAAAUGAAAAUGAACUGCUUUGGGAAGGAUUUGGAAAAUUUGGACCUACAGAUGUUCACAGACAAUAUGCCAUUGUUUUCAAAACACCAAAAUACUUUGACAUUUAUAUCAACAAUCCUGUUUCUGUUUAUGUCCAACUACGUCGGCGUUCCGAUGGAGAAACAAGUAACGCCAAACCUUUUCUGUACUACCCACAAAAGCAAGAUAAAGGUGUAUGGAUGGGAAGGAGAAGAAUGAAGUUUUUUCAAGGUAAACGCCUUACAGCAAGUAAUCAAACCAUACAAUGAAAAUGAAGCAUCUCAUCUGCACUGUCAGGCCACCCCUUUAGAAAACAUUUAGAGACCAUCAAGAAAGCAAGUAGAAUGCUUGGUUACAGUAUAUUGGAAAUAAGAGGUUAUGGUUACAAAACAAACUGUCAAGGCCCCACCUGGACCGCUGCCCCCACCAUGCUAUCUGGAGGUCAUUGAUCUCUUUGCAUUACUCACAAAAGGACUAACAUGGCAGAUACUGAGAUUUAAUAGUUGUACUGUUAACUAAGAAGUGGAACAGAAGAAAGAACAGUAUGAAAGAACAUUAAUGAAGGAAGACAUAGGAAUGGUCUUUAAAUGGUAUAAAUAAGGUAAAUUAAUGUUUUUCUUUCUGUAAACUGAGAAAAAUGAAAAAGUGUAAAUGCGAGGCAAAGAUUUGGCAAGCAUUGGGUUAUGGUACUGGGACAUACAGUAUGCUGGAAAUAGUGGACCUUUUUAAGAAGAAUAUGUCCAACUCUUAAUUGAGAGCCCUGAGUUGUUUUUUUUUCUCUGAACCUUCUGCAUUUUGAUGCUAUAUUUGAGAGACUUUUUUUUACCAUUUCAAAUCAAUUUAAUGGUGGUUGUGCCAGAAUUGUUAAUCUAACCUAUAUAAAUAAACUUCUCGUAGUGUAGCAUUUUUAUGAUGUGUGUAUAACUAUCCUAUAAAUAGGAAUAAAAAUAAUAAGUAUAUCAUUUAUGAAUAACAAUGCAUUCUGUGAUAAGAAAAUUCAGAAGAUGAAUAGAUGGUUUCAUAAAAAGUAUUCUUUUCAUCUACACUUACAUUAAUUUUUAAUACUUGCAUUAUCCAGUGUACGCUCCAGCUCCCUGAAACAAUGUAUAAGAAUUACAGCAGAACACUAAUGUGUAUGAACUGAUUGAUAAUUUAAUCUUGGAGCAGCUAAUAACACAGUCAUUCAUGCUGUUGUAGACAUCAGCCAUUUGUUUAUUUUUUUACUUUAACUUUAACUCAGAAAUAAAUUCUUAGACCUAUAAUGGACAGAAUUAAUGCAUGAAUAUAACAUUACAAAUUUUGCAAAUAUUCAAACAGAUUACUUACAAAAGUAAAGUUUAGAUGAUUACUGGAAUUUUGAAAUCAGAAAGAAUUUAACUAAGAGUCCAAAAAGGCAAGUAUUUAACUUAUAGUAAUCUGUAAACACUCAUCAUAGUUUCCUCAUCUAAUGUUAAAUCUUAACUUUUAUAUUAACUACUGUGGCGAGGGGCUGGGGGUGGUACCCAGCCGGGACGCCCAGGAGGACCAGAGGAGGGCUUACGCCUCCUCCAGACCACGAGAGGGUGACCGCCCUGGUGGCGUUGGGGACCACAGGACCUGAGCUUGGAAGCUCAACCCUAUAGGGGCCCGUGGUCACCGCCAGGGGGCUCCUGAAUGCAUGAGGAGCCCUGGCCCUCAGCACUUCCGCCACAACUGGAAGUGCUGGAGGGAAGAAGACCAGGGACACUCAGAGUGCUUCUGGGUGCGCAGCCGGUACUUCUGCCACACUGGAGAGUGCCGGUGGAAGCUAAUCGGGAGGCACCUGGAGCACAUCCGGGUGAUUAUAAAAGGGGCCACCUCCCUCCAUUCGAUGGCUAGAGUCGGGAGGACGAGAGGAGUGGAGGCGGACCUGACAGAGAGAGGCACUAUUGAGAAGGCCUGGACUUUGGGGGAGUUUUGGGGUUGUGUGCACUGUUGUAAAUAUUAGUUGUAUAAAUAAACGUGUGUU